AAGCAAGGAAUUUGCGGAGAUAAAUGAGAAAUUCUAACAUCUUGAAUGGCUUAAUUGUUAAGAAAAUGGACCUCUAUCCUGUCUGCCGCCGGAACUGCCACCGCAUCUAUUACUCACCAAUCUUUUUCAUAUCUCCUCCAAACUCCCCUUCCCUAACCUCCCCUACAGACCAAUUUCCAAAAACAGCAGACCACCAACCACAAGACUCCACGUGUCCUCUCCCCAAGCCCAAGGAAGAAACCGUCUUCUUCGACGGCGGCGCCCACUAUGGCGACCUCAUUGCAAACCUACUUCUGGGUUUCACUCUCCUGUGGCUGUCGUUAACUCGGGCAGCCUUGUCAAGGGCUUUUUACUUGAGAUACUGGUUCACAAACCUCCGGGUGACGGUUAUCUCCGGCCUGACGGGUCAGGACCGGAGCGAUUUCUCUUACAAUGUGAUCAAGGACGUGCAAGUGGUGCCGCGAUUUGUGGGUGAGUGGGGUGAUAUUGUCAUUACAUUGAAGGAUGGAACUAAGGUUGAUCUUAGGAGUGUGCCCAAGUUCAGAGAAAUUGCGAGGUACUGUUUAUCCAUGGCUGAGAAGCCUGCGAUUUUAAAGGAAGGUGGGUCUAAAGGGUUUUAGAUCAAUCUUCUUUUGUUGCAAAGGUAUGUAAAGUUUCUCUUCUUUUUUUUUUUUCUUUUUUUUUGUUUAAACACAUUUAUAUUCUUAUUGUGAAAAUAAUGAAUUCAAAGUAAAUUUGUUCAUGUUUGUGUGGAAUUGUUGGAAUAGGGUGAGAAUUUGUUUGCAGCUGGUUGGAAUUUUCUCAUUAGCAUUCAUAAUGAAAUUUAUUAGAUAUCUGAGAAAGUGGUGGCCUUGUGCAACAUUUUUUAAAAAAAUUAGUGGCAUUACUGCUGUUAUUUGCAGCUUUUACCUAGAAAUGGCUACCUGAUUCUGUAGAUCCAAGAAACAAAAGGAAGGUAUGUAUUAAUGUAUGGUAUUUGGGGAGAUGAUGUGAACUUUUAGCUGUUCUUUUGGGAAUUUCCUUUCAUGAAAUGUAGCAUGUAAUAGUUAACUGAUAACAUGAAAAGUAAAUAUCUGUGGCAGAGAAACAGUUAUCAUUUGUCAACGUUGUAGAGUUUUUUUUUUUUUGAACGACUGCAGAUGGAGCCUAUAGUUGAUAUGAAAUGAUUUGAGCAAGAGAGUUGUUUCCAGUUAGCAAUUUCAAGAUUAUUGUAAUCUGAAAAUGAUCUACAUGCAGAUAUUGUUACUUUUGAUUCAGGUUACUUGUAGCUUUAUGGAAUUACAGAAUCUGAUUUCAUCUUAUAUUGUUUUCCUGGCAUUUCAACUUUAUAUUAACGUCAGUUGAUGAGGAUAUAAUGUUUAUUUCUAUUUUACUCAUGCCAAAAUGAUGUUUUAGAAAGGCCUGCCAAGCAUUCCGUACUCUCAAAGGCAUUAUAAGGCUGCAAGCACUGAUUUGUUGUCAUUUAGUCAGAAGAUAAGCUGUUGCUACUUUAUGCAGUGCAUGGGGAAUUGUUAAGUUCCAGGCACUAGUCCAUGGGCAAAAGGUCAGACGUACAAAUAUUGCUAUUGAAGUGCAAAAAUAGAUCUGAGAGCUCUUCCGGUAAUUUUUCA